CAGCAGACCGCCUGGGGGCUGUGAAGGCUGGUGAACCCUGUGAACCUGUCUGUCAGUCGAGUGCCAGGUGUGCCAUCCGCGCCUAUCGAGCCUUUGCUGGGGCGCGCCCUGGCUCCAGCGUCCGCCGGCGGGAGUCUGUGCCUGCGUCGUGUCUGCUGGCUCUGCGGUGCCUCCUCCAACGAGUCUGGCACCGCAGUUGCGCAGGCAUACAUACCACUCGGUAGUAAUCAAUUCAUUGAUCUCUCAGUUCCGCACACUUGCACUGCACGACAUAGAUUCUCAUCCCGCAGCCAACACAAGCAACUCUUUGCUUUUGAACACUCUGCUUUACACACACGACAACAAUCAUCAGCCGUCUCAAUGCGUCUUCUCCCCCGACGCUCGCCUUGAACGCUUCUGCCGUCUACACGGAACGUCACCCUCUCACCCGUCUACGACUUGCACCACUGAAGCGACGCGACCAUCUCUCUCGCCUCUAUCUUCGCAACCUCGUUCCUGGACUCGUAUGAGCUGACACAACUGAUCUGACGUUUGUUUGCCGUCCCUUCUCUGCUCGUUAUUGUGUCGCGCACCGCCUCAAAAGUCUUUUACGAUCUGUUCGAUUGUCUGACGCACGAUUGCAUCUCGCUGAUCGUCCGAAUUAAUCAACGGCAAACGGCCCUUUCACCCAUCACCACAUCAGCGUCCGUUUUCGCCGUUAGCCACUAUUGUGCUUUGAGUACUGCCUAGAGCAGCACCUAGAGCAGCAUACGAAGUACUGGGAACCCCACGCCAAAAGGGACAAGAGCUGGGUCACUGCGUCGUUAAAUGUCCAAAGUGUUGAGCCUGGGUUGAAGAGCUGUACAGGGUCGACAUUAUUCAUGAACCACCACCCGGUUGAUUUGGUGGACUAGACUCGGUGUAUGUGGAUUGAUUGUCAGUGAAGUCUACCAUAUGUCGACCGGGCAGGCCCAUUGUUCAGCACACGACAAGACAACCCGACACUAUGGCGACCGCACUGGAAUCUCCUGCGCCAUUUCCAGAGUCACCCCUGGACCCUGAUGACAUCCCCUUUCCUUGCAAAGGAUGCGGCCAGAUUCUGGAAGAAGGCAAAGCUUUUGAGCUAGCCGGCAACAGAUGGCAUAUCGACUGCUUCCGCUGCAAUACAUGUGGAACCGCCCUAGAUUCCGACGCGAAUCUCCUCCUGCUGGGCGAUGGCUCAUUGAUUUGCAACAACUGUACUUACAGUUGUAGUAGCUGCGGAAACAAAAUAGAGGAUCUCGCUAUCCUUACAGGCGACCAGGCCUUCUGCGCCAACUGUUUCAAAUGCCGAAACUGCAAACGGAAGAUUGAAAACCUGAGAUAUGCGCGGACGUCUCAAGGAAUCUUUUGUAUGGACUGUCAUGAAGCGCUAAUGGCCAGAAGACGGAAGAGGACAGCAAAGAACAAUGCACAGCGCUCGAAGCUUUCAGCGAACAAUAGUGUCCAGCUGGACAAGUCCCUUCCUGCCAUUCCUCCACCAGAGGCCAGAAAAACAGCAUAUGUCCCAGAGGAUCAUUCACCCUACCCAGAAGGAUAUGUGGAGGCUCCGGCUGAUUUGCCUUCGGUUGCAAAGACCAUGAGCGAGUUGCGCGGUGACGAUGACUCUCGACCAUCAUCUUCAGAUCAGAACCCGCCUCGAGAUAUGCUCACUCUGCCAUCAACAACUUUCAAGAACAAUAGGCAUUCAAUGAUGUCCCAGCGCUCAGAUCUUACUGGCGGUGGUGGCGAGGAAUUCUUGAUUCCACUGGCAUUUGACCCUACCCCUCAACCAUCUACUCAGUCUCCUAGUGUCUCCAGCCAGGCGACCCCUCGACAAGUCGACGAAAAGCCCAGAGACUACUUCUCCAGCAGGCCAGCACCGGCUACAACGAAGUCGAGUACGUCGAGUCCUCAUAUUGCUUACCAGGAGAAAGGACGUCAACCGUCUCGGGAUUUGGUCGAGCGAAGCCGCUCUGGCGGUAACGUCAGCCGAAACGGGUCUGCACAUGCAUCUCCUUAUACCUCUGUCGACCGUUCUUCAAAGUUGAUGGGAGAUUCGCCCCGGUUGUCACAAACUGCCCGCCCCAACGAUGGUUCUUUGAAUGAAAAGUUCAAAUUGCAAGACGCUCCUAAGUCCAAGAAGGCUGUUGCGUCUGCCGCCAACUCUCGAUCAGGAACUUCCACACCUCAGGCAGACGUUGCGAGUGAGUCACCAAGUCCAACUGAACAACCUGCAACAACAAAGGCGGCCGCCAUGGAGACUGCUUCACCGUCAGAUCGCGGUUUCUCGACUCCUCAAAUCUCAAGAGAAUCGAGUCCUCAGAGCGAAGCAGAAGAGUCGCCCAAGCCAGCUCAGCUGCCGGCAGCGUCUGUGCUGCAGAAUCUACCAAAGCGGGGCGAUUCUUUGGAAAGCGCAAAGCGAGCGCAGACGAUACCCAGGAAAGAUCUCAGUUCUUCAGCAAACAUCCCUUCCAGUCUUAGCAGCGCUGUGAAUGGGACUCCCGUCGUACCUCUGUCGUCCAGUCUUUCUACUGAUCUGGCGAGGGCUAAUGGCGGCAAAAUCAUAUCAGGUCCUAUUGGAUCACCCAGCUCCAGGAGCAUUUUCGACACGGCGGAUGAUUCACUCAACCAGGGGGACCUCCCAAGUGCUGGAAGAGCUGGCAAUGAAUCCUUCGUCGACCCCCGUGCGCCACCUCUACCGCCUGCUGACCACUCUAGAUCUCGAAAUGAAUCAUUCAGCACAAUGCAAUCAGAGAAUCAACGAUAUCUGGAAAGCCAGAAAGCACUGGGCCUUCCCAGGUACUCUACAGGAGGCGAGUUUAGCAUGGAUGAAGACAUGGCUCGGAUCAUGGCCGGAGAUGAACCAAGUGCUCAUGGGUCUUUCCUCAAACGAGUUUCAAAUUCCGUGCGUCAUGGCCGCAGCUACAGCGACAAGACCGGCCGCCUCUCGCGUGACCGCUGGCCUCGAUCCCCAGCAGCAUUGCCGACGACGUCGAUAGGUCAAGAGAUUAGCAGUCCCAGCAGUGCAUCUCCUGAGCAUCGCGAUGAGCUUUCGUGGUUCAAGAACGAACUCCGGCGCGAGCGUCAAAAGAUAAUCGAGCGAGAGAAGAGGAUAGCGGAGCUAGAGGCACAGCUGGACUCGGCCGCCGAUAUCAAGCAGGUCAAUUCCGAGCUCAAGGAGAAGAGGUCGACCAUUGUGGUGCUCGAUACGCAAAAGGAGAUUGUGGUUCGUGAACUGGAAGUGUUGACCGAACAUUUGGCUGUCGCUAAACGUAGCGGCGAGCCAUUCGAUGUCAACAAAUUGAGAGGCACCGUGCUGCGCGAGUUUGCGGAAGCAUUGGAAAAGUUGAAGAACUCGUUUGCGCCUCAGAUCGAAGAGUCUAUCCAAAGACGGAAUGAUCUGGUUGAUGAGAUCGCGAACUUGACCCAGAUGAAGGACAAGAGUUUUAUGGAAUUUGAGCAGCUGUCUUCAAAGAACGCCCAGCUUGCGGAGCUGAAUAACCAAUUGGUGCACCAGAUCCAAGGGUUGUACAAGGCCAACUCCGGCGUCCAGCCUGAAGCCCCCAAAGCCGCCAUCAACGGACUCGGAAUCUAUUCACAUCACAAAGAAAAGUCGAACUUGUCGUUUGACUCCCGAGAGGCCGUGGCCCGAAACAUGUCCACCGACCUGACCAACAUUGAGUCCGCAAGCACACUACAGGCCAGCGAAGCGGAGCCGGUUACGGUGAUUCAGGGACCUCAGAUGGUGAACAUCCGAAAGGGUCAACCCAAGAAGUUUGACUGGAGGAGGGGCCAAAAGGUGGCCAAGGGAGUCACAAAGGGUCUGAAAGGUGCCUUCUCCUCGACACAGCAAACAUACAGCCGGGACCUUCAAUUUGCCGAAACUGGGGCCUACGGCUCCGGUCCUGUCGGCCAAGAGUAUGGGAGCAUGCCCAAGACGAACCCGGAGCCGGUGAAGCAAGGCGGAUUUGGCUUUUUCGGCAACCAGAAGACCGCAACGAAGCCCAACGGUCUGUAUGCACAGCAGGCCAAUGCAAGCACGCCGUCCCUACUGGUGGAUGCCACUACACAAUUGUUUGGCUCUGACCUGGAACAACGGGCCGAGUUUGAGAAGACAUCCGUUCCCUCUAUCGUUGUACGGUGCAUUGAAGAAGUGGAAGCCCGAGGCAUGGAUGUGGAAGGCAUUUAUCGAAAAUCUGGUGCCAACUCGCAAGUCCAGCAAGUCAAGGAGUGGUUCGAAAACCCGACCAAGGACUUUGAUAUCUCCGACCCUGACUUCGACAUACAUGCCGUCACUUCUGGAUUGAAGCAGUAUUUCAGACGGCUCCCGGUUCCGCUUAUCACCUAUGAUGUCUACGACAAACUUCUCGAAACGACUACCAUCACAGAACGCGAGGCUAGAAUCGAUGCUAUGGAACGAGCAUUGGAGGAACUGCCUCGAAUCCACUAUGAGACGCUGACUUAUCUGAUGCAGCAUCUCGCCCGUGUUGUACAGCAGGAAAAGGUCAAUCUCAUGACCAGCAUGAAUAUUGCUGUUGUCUUCGCUCCAACCAUAAUGAGAUCCGAGAACAUCAACCGUGAGCUGAGCGAUACCAAGACGAAGAACGAGGCGGUCAUGUGGAUGGUCGAACACAGUGAUCGUAUCUUUGGAACUUGAGACAAAGCGAUUCGUCAGUCCAGCGUUGAAUAGCGGAUUUCAUUCUGGGUUGAGAUUGGGAGGGAAACAGGCUUUUUAUCAUGAUCAGGGCGACUACUUUUGUGCACUACUCCAUUCAGCCUGGCGUCAUUGAGGAGCUGUGAAGUGUUGGUGCGAUGUUUGCGUUGUAAAGUUUAUGGAAGGGCGAAGCUUGCGACAUGCUCGCCAUCUUGACCUGUGACGAUUCAGGGCGGAGCUCUCGGCCACUGGAGUGUGAGGUUUAAAUUGUUGUGAGACUACUGCGGAUCUGGAUAGGAAGAUACAGUCCAGGUGAGGACGAUGAGAAUGAACCUUUUCAAAUCCGCAACUAUUAGUAUUUCCUACCUUUUUUCGCAUCUUUAAGGCGUUGAACAACAGUAACAGGAGUGUUUGGCAUUAGGGGUAUUUGGGG